CGUGCUUUUCGUUGAUGUGCAUGUAUGUACUGUCGCGAUCGAACAGGAGGAUAAAAAAGAAAAACAGGAAUAUUACGUCGAGUGCAUAGAGCAGAUAGUCAUUUAAGUAUUAGACAAUGGUGAGCUAUUUCAAGACGAGAUCUGGCCGUAUUGUCUCCUCUCUAUCUACAGAAGCAGGAGCCAAAAAACAAGAAGAAAAGAAGAAGUAUAGACAAUACACACAGAAAAUGAAACGAGAGAAUUCAGAUUCGCAAGUGAAAACGCGAAAGCGAAAACGAGCGAGUUCCGAGACAGAGACAAUAGAGUCAAAAGAAUUCGACUUGAAGGAUCUAUCGAAAAAACAAAUUCUACAAUGCAUUUCUGCGAUUUUUCAUAUGACUCAAGAACAGUUAAAAGAGACGAACGGUCUUUUCGCUGUGGCUCAGCCAAUAUUUAUACAAGUGACUAGCGUUAAAGUGCCGAAGAUGCCUCGUAGACAAAUGAGAAUAUUGUUGCCAUAUUCAAUAGUGGCUCCAGAUGAUGAAGUAGCUUUAUUCGUUUGCGAUUUAGAGAAAGGAAGAAGAAAGGAUUAUGAACUAACAGUGGAACAUUAUAGAAAUUUAUUAGACAAGCAUGGAUGCACUCGUGUGAAUGAGAUAAUACCUAUAAAUCGUGUAAAAACCGAAUUCGAUCAAUUUGAAUUGAAGAAAAAGCUUUUAUCCAGUUAUGAUCACUUUCUUGUUGAUGGUCGUAUCGCUGGCCACAUGUCUCAUUUAUUAGGAAAAAUCUUUUACAAAAAACGAAAACUACCAACUUCAGUCAGAAUGGAAAGCAAGGACUUGAAGCAUGAGAUUGAUCAUGCAUUGAAAAAAACUAGUAUGCAGCUUCAUUCUCAUGGUGAUACUCAUUUGAUGCAAGUAGGGAAUACAUCUAUGAAAAAGAAAAGAGUUUUGAAAAAUAUAUUGGCCGUUUGUGAAGAAUUGUCCAAAAACUAUCCUGGUGGUUGGGCAAACAUACGAGCGCUCCGAUUGAAAAGCAAAAUCAGUCUAGCAUUGCCUUUUUAUAUGACGUUAAAGAAUAAAAACACUGUUGAUCCAAGUACAGUGGCGAUACAGCCAAAGAGACCGAAAGCUUAUUGCGAUGUAGAAGGAGAGCUUUCAACAUACAUAAAGAAUGUCACAGUUACGGUUAAACCUGAAGGGACAGUCAUCCUCAAAAAGGAACAGACCAAGAACAAAUCAAGUAAAAAAAUCACAAAGAAAAAAGCUGAAAAUUAAAUGGAAAUUCCAAUA